CACCCAGGGUAACUAUUUUCUGUCAGGUGGAGAGAUUAAGAGAAACACCUGCAGCAUAAGCGGCAGCAGAUACUGCAGGAUGCAGUGACUGCGACAGUCCGCGAAUCAUAGAAAAUAGGCCUGUGACAGGUAGUCAAGUCAGUCACGCUGUCCACUGCACGCCUCGCGCGAUUUCGCUUGCCGCUCACGCGGCGCCGCGGCGGUGACUGCGCGACAGGUAUCACGUACUGCGUAGUCGACGAGUGUCUCUAAAGUACCAGGGGCACCUGUGUCUCCACCCUCGGGCUCAGAACUUCCACUUACGGCUGUCACUAUCCGCGCAAGGACCCACCCAAACAAAGCUCCCUUCCUGCUGAACCCACCCUUCUACCCUCUCUGGGGAGGCGGACCUAAAGAGAAGCGGCUCCUCCUGCUCUUGCAGGACGGGUACGCCAACGGCUGCAGACGCCAACUGGGGUAUGGGUUGAAGGGUGGAGCAGAGAACGGCCGAGCAAACUUGAAGGGGGGUUUGCACAGCGGCGAGGGAGUAGGGGGAAGGGGGAGGAGGAUCGCACGCCACGAAAGUGUGAAAACAAAAUGGAGAAAUGCCUAGGGGGCGGCUUUAAUGAAAGUCAGCCCAAAGCCUUCAUCUGCACUAUAUCACGCCUUCUCAAACCACUGCCUUGACCUCCACCUGCGACCCAAUCUGCAGCGCUUUGAGGAUCAAAGCCAUUUGACUCCCCUUAUUUUUUAUUAUUCACUGUUCGUCCUCCCUCCUUUCUCCAUUAAUUUUUUUUUUUUUUUUUUACCUGCAUGCGUUGACCUCCCGAUUGACGCUUACCGAUCCACCAAGCAGACCUGAGAAUCUCUCGCCUGCAACAUGGAAAGUCCGGACUGCUUCGGCGGAGAAGUCCUUCUGCAGGAAGAAAGCUCUUCGCGACUCUUUAGACGCAGCCAGCAAACCGAGCGCUUCCACGAGUGACAGACGUCACUGCCUCCCGCCCUGUCCCCCCACCCCGAACUUCCUCCCUCCACCCGUCUCAUCCUCCUCCUCCUACUCCUCGCUUUCGGUGCUUCGGGGUCCUCCCCUUUUUCUCGUCACGUGACUUUUAACUCGGCACGGUUGUCGGCGGCGGGGCGAGAGUUGGGCGUACGUAUAGGCCGGUAGUCGCGUAUCGGUCGUUGCUGCUGCGGAGUGUCGACCCACACUGCGCGAUGGAGUGAACCGUGACAAAGAGUCACUCCGUCAGGGAUUGUAAGAGAGACUCGAGCAUAAACCCCGCCCGAGUCAGCUUCACUUGCUUCUAGUGUCUUUCUGUAUGUGCGUGCGUGUAUGUGUGUGUAUAUAUAUAUACGUGCAUGUGUGGAUACAUCCAUGAUGUUCUUGUCAGCGAUCUGAUGGCCGGCAGUCAAGGGGUACAUGAGUGGAUUUUUUUCUGUCAAGAGCAGCGCUGUAUGACAUAAUUGCCGGCAACCUCUUGGGGCAAGCGUGCAGCCGUCAGCCACAAUGCAAUGUGUGAGUUCCGGGAACAAGUGGAGUUCUGACGUCAUCCACCCGUUCGACGGUCAAGCUUGUCACCCGACACGCCUCCACUUCACUGACCACACACACACAGUACCUCGGGUACGCUAUGGGCCUCCUACGAUCAUCACACAGGACUAAAGCCUGUGGCGAAACAGCGAGUCACGUGAACUGAAGGCGGGCGGAGAGAGAGAAGGAAGGAAAGCGUGGAAAGAGAAAGACUCUGCUUUGAAGUGUGGAAAUCAACGAUGGUGUCUUAGUGUGUGUCUGUAGCUAAGCGCAGCAGCAGCAGCGACAGCUCGUCAGGUGCAAACUGGAGGAGGAGACAAGAGGAAGAAAUUGAGAGCUGGUCUGUGCAUCGAUGAAAAAGAAAGCAAAAAAAUAUCUGCAUUGCGAGGAGGAGAGGGAUUUGAAGGAUAGGAAGACGGGAGCAGCUUCCUGAUCAAGCCAUCACUUCCUAAACCCUGUGUGCUGUUGACCCGGUUGACCGUGCCAGCUGUCUGUGUACGUGUGUGCGUGUGUGUGUGAGAGAGAGACAGAGAGAGAGACUGUCCUUGAUGACAACAGCAAAAACGGUGCCAGCGGCGGUGGUGGUGGUGGCUGCUGCUACUGCUGCUAGAUGAGAAGCGGCUUCUGAUGCCAAGGUGGAAGAAGGAGCCUCGGUCCUUCUAUUGGCAAGCCAGCUUGGUGUGCCCGGCAAAAGCGGAUCGUCUAAUACUGGAUUAAACUUAACCUCGAGUUUUGACGACUACCACACUGGUGUUUGGGGUUCACUGCUGGCUCGUGUGCUAUUGCCCGUGCGCGCGUGUGCACGAGCAGGCCGGUGAGUGAGGUGAACGGGAUGCGGGAUUACGCUGUGCUUCUGUUUCUGCUUGGUACUGUCCUGUCCCUGCUGCAGGCCGUCCACGCGUCCUGGUGGUAUCUGGGGGUGGCCGGCUCCUAUCAACCCAUCGCGGACGAGUUGAGUCACAGCUCGGGGGCGCUGCAGCCGGCCGGCAAGGGGCAGAGGGAGCAUCGCCCUCGCCAGACUCUGACCAGCUGCUCGGACUUGCCUUACCUCAAGCCCCGCCAGCGCGAGUUGUGCGCCCUGGAUAAGUCGCUGAUCCACGUGCUGAGCGAGGGCGCCUCCAUGGGUAUCGAAGAGUGCCAGCAUCAGUUCAUGAACCGCCGAUGGAACUGCUCCACCUUCAACACCACCAGCGUCUUCGGCAAUAUCCUUAAAAUCAUGAGUCGUGAGACGGCCUACAUCUAUGCAAUUUCCAGCGCCGGCGUCAUGUACGCUGUAACUCGCGCAUGCGCCAAGGGAGAGCUGCUCAAGUGCGGGUGCGACCAGCGGGUGCGGCGACGCCUCGACACCGACGGCACCUUUGAAUGGGGUGGCUGCUCCGACAACAUUCGGUACGGGUCAAAGUUCAGCAAGGAUUUCGUGGACGCCAACGAACUGCAGCUCUCUGCCGAGGGCUUGAUGAACUUGUGGAACAACGGGGCUGGUCGCAAAACCACCAAAGACAGCGUGGAUAUUGUUUGCAAGUGCCACGGCGUGUCCGGGUCCUGCUCGGUCAAGGUUUGUUGGCGAAGACUCAGACCCUUCCGCUCCGUGGGCGCUUCCUUGAAGGAAAAGUUCGACGGGGCCAGUUUGGCGGUGGACAAGAAACGUAAACGUUUGAAGCGAGUGACUGGGCGCCAGAAGCGACCCACCAAGAAGGACCUCGUGUACCUGCGCGAGUCGCCGGACUUCUGUGAGUACAACCCCGAGCUCGGGUCCCUAGGGACCAGGGGCCGGAAGUGCAACAAGACGAGUUACGGACUGGACGGGUGCACGCUGAUGUGCUGUGGGCGUGGGUACUACACGCUGGUGCAGGAGGAGAAGGACGACUGUGACUGCAAGUUCUACUGGUGUUGCCGCGUCGAGUGUCGAAAGUGCACGCACGUGAGGGAGUUCAAUUACUGCAAUUGAUGCGCAGCACCUUCCUCGCCUACCCACCCGGAAUUCACCCCAAAAACAACGGAGAAUCCCACCCGCACACACACACACAUAUGAAAGCUUGUGGUAGAGGAAGAAGACUGUAAGGAGGAGUGUACAAGAAGCUGUCGAGUUCGUUGAUGCGCGUGCAGCCUUAGACUGUCGGUAUGAAAUGGUUCAUUCCACUGCUACGGCGCUUUUCUGUGUUUCCCUCGCUCAAAGCGAGGCAUCCUCCAGGCUCUGGGCAGACUGUAUAGCAAAGGAACCUCAUAAAAAGUUAAUGCCAACCUCCACCGUUUCGUGUGUUUAUCUCCAACGACCAGCUCGAGCAGCCUCCUGGUACAGUUGCAGAAGUGAGGGGUGACAGUCAGGUCUCGAGUGCUGGGCUACAGUACAAUCACAGCCAAAUAUUCACCCGUCUACCCAAUCUCGCAUUUAUGGUGGUUCUUCAGAAGAAAACAAUAUGACUUCACUUUGUGUCUUCUAGAUUGGGAUUCUCGACCACCAGUGGCUCAUAACUAUGUGGAAUGUGUGACAUGGACGUCAGCCUUUCAUAGAUGCAUGUACAACACUCGAUGGCAAUCUCAAAAAGAAAAAUUUUUCAUCUCCCGACCUCCACCUUCAAGAACAAACUCUCCAAGAGGGAGAAAAAAAAAAACACCUCGGUUCACGAUCAGUUGCCAUGGCAAACCAAUCACGGUCUUGUUUUAUUUGGACAGUCAAUCGGAGCCGACGAAGGUCUUUGCUGGACAGAACAGCUUCUCUGAACUCAAGCGGAUGGUGAGAGAAGACAGAAGCCUUGCACUCCACCGCCUUUCCUCACCUGCCUACCUUGCAGCUCUCCACUCACCUGAGUCGGGCAGCCAAAGAGCGCGGUAAGCCUUUGGUCGGGACACAUCUUUGUUGUCUUUACCAGGCAAAACCCGGGGAGAGCUGCUCUGAUCAUCUUUCAUAACCGUUGUGCUAACUAACCUUGAUGGCGGACUUUUCACGAUGGAAGUACGUAUUCUGUGCUUUAAUUUUUAUUUCACUGAAGGAGACGUGGGCACAAUGUGUGCUUAUAAACAGUUGGAAACUACUUAACUACAUUUCUGUGAAUAAUGCAUUACAAAAUUUCGACCACUGGGUGACAUUUUUUUUUUUUUCAAUUGGUCUAAAUCGUGUGUUUGUAGAGGUUCUGUAGAUGUAGCGAACUCAUUUCGGUGGAACCUGUGAAAUGACAUUGAUGUUGAGGUUGUUGAGGAUAUUAAUUUUGGUGUAAAAUUCAAUUAUUGUACUGUGUGUAAUUUUACUUCAAUAUUAUAUCCUGUUGUCAUAGAUGGCUACAUAAAUCGUUUGGAUGAAGAGGUCCUGCAGUGUCAGUAACUUGUCGCAUGUUUAUAACAGAGCUGAAUUUACAGACAGUACGGGUUUUUGCCAUGCUUCGCAAAUUUUCAAGGGAUUGGUUGGCAUCGGCAGUGUUGGGUUUAAAUUCUCUUUCCUCUCGCCAACUUUUUUCUCUCUCAUCCAGCGUAUUGUUUUCCUUUAGACGCUCCCUCCUUCCUGUCUCACGCAUACCUCAGCGCUUGCAUUUAGCUACAAAGGUUAGGAGUAGGAGAAAUGUCACGUGGUAUGGAAUUUCUGAAUUCUAAAAUCAAACCUAUGGCAUGACCCGCUAAAAAAAAACUUGAAAUUGUCUUCCGGUCGGUUAUCAUUUCCCACUGUCCUUUUCCCUUUCAAAAAAAACAGAAGUAACAUUGACAAUCUUCAGUCUGAAAGAAAACUGGCGAUACUGUUGCUUUUCAGUGGAAAAAAGGGAAGGGGUGGGAUGUUCUUUACGAUGUCCUCUUGCACUACUUUUUUCUCAUUAUUUUCAGCAUUCUAAAUGCAAAAUAGUUCGCACUAAGCAUAGCUUACAACACUUUCUUGCUGCAGUCUGAAAACUGUGUUCCUGUCUUCAGUAUAACAUAGUCGCUAGUAUUUUGUUUGUUUGAUUUUUAGAACGAUGGCAUGUUUCACGAUUACUAUCGGUUUCCUUAAAAUAACAAUAGAAUCCUUAUUUAGACUGUUUCCAAGAAAUAGUUUAAAUGAUUAUACAGUGGGAAAAUGAAGCACACUGAACUGCAUUAAAUGCAAAAACAUGUCGGACAAGAUUUUCUAUAGAAAUCUGAAAAAUUACUUGUGGUCAGGUUCGGAAUAAGCAGGAAGGUGACAAUCUUGACACGUUUGAUUACCAAGGGUUCUGUUUCCUGGAAAACAGUGACUCCAGAAUACUGAUACAUUAUUUGUUGUUAUUAUUUUCUUUUUGUUCCUUUCAGUGUUUUUUUUAAUAUUUGAUUUUUAAUUGUUUUGGUUUUUAAUUUUAAUUUUUUUCUUUUAGAAACACACAAGUGCAUUUCGGCAGUUGAGUGACGAAAGAUGUAAAUAGUACUUCUAAAAUUAAACGGCUUGGAAACCUUCAUUUCACACAAUAAUUAUUUUGUGUUAAAAAUGGCAAGGAUACAAUUGUAAAAACUUAUCUAUUGUGUACCUGUUCUCUGGAUAAUAAUAUACUUAUAGAUGGUA